UACAAAUUGCCUGGCCAUACUCCUGUACAACUCACUCACUUUUGGCAUCCAAACUUCAUUCUUUCUGAGCAAUGGAAGAUGAGGUGAUUCUGUUAAAUUUCUGGCUUAGCCCUUAUGGGAUGAGGGUCCGGAUUGCGCUCGAGGAAAAGGGCAUCAAGUAUGAGAACAGGGAAGAGGACUUCAGCAAUAAGAGCCCUUUACUCUUACAAAUGAACCCAGUUCAUAAGAAAAUACCAGUCCUCAUCCACAAUGGCAAACCCAUCUGUGAGUCACUCAUUGCUAUUGAGUAUAUAGAUGAGGUUUGGAAUCAUCAAUCUCCACUGUUGCCUUCUGAUCCUUACCAGCGAGCCCAAGCUAGAUUCUGGGCUAAUUACAUUGACACUAAGAUAUAUGUGGUUGCAAUGAAAUUCUGGAAAACUGAAGAAGAGGAGGAGAAAGAAGCUGCUAAGAAAGAGUUGCUUGAGCGUCUUAAAUUGCUGGAAGAACAGCUGGGAGACAAACCCUUUUUUGGUGGAGACAACCUUGGUUUUGUGGAUGUGGCACUUGUUCCUUUGUUCUGUUGGUUAUAUACCAAUGCUUUACGUGGAUCUUUCAUCGAUGAAAUCCAGUAUCCCAAUAUCAUUGCUUGGGUCAAGAGGUGUGCUGAUAAAGAGAGUGUGUCCAAGUCUUUUCCAGAUGAGAACAUGAUCAAACGUUUUGCCGAAGAGAGACGACUUUUACGUCAAGGAAAAUAGAGGCAGAGUGAUAGAAUAAGAUUGCCUCUAAGUACUUAGCUGAAGUAUAUGUUCUCAACAAUAGCAUGACCAAACUGCAUUUAGAUAUGCGCUUGGUUUUGCUACUUAUAUUCCUUUAGACUUUAGUAGAUAUUUCAAACCCAGUGCAACUGCCCUUUUUGUGUUCUAAAUGUAUUUGGAUGGUGUUUAUACUGUGUUUCAUCUCUCUAACACAGUCAUUCAAGAUCAAUAAACAAGACAUUUAGGACUGUGUA